AUGAGUCCCGGAUUUAUUUUUACGACCGGCCAGAUCCCAGCGCACUCGUCUCUACAUAUAGAGGACAAGAAGGAAAGAGCAGGAGAAGGUGAGGAGCUGAUACCGCAGCUCCUGCUUGAUUCGAUGGCGGUGCUUCGAAUCACGACACCGCAGCAGGAAGUGCUUUAUCAAAGACUUCAUAACGUAGUCGAUACGAUUGUCUACUAUAUAUAUAUAAAGGAGCUUCUGAAUGUCAAAAUUGCAAACUAUAGAUAUGGAAGGCAAUAUCAAAGUGUUGUUUAUUCUUGCUCUGAAAUCAAACGCGAAGAAGAGCGGCAGAGCGAAAAGAUAUUAGAAAGAAGGACGUUAGAUUUUUCAAUUUACCUGACGGUGCAUAAGACCAGCACUGAUAAACUCCUCUCGGAGUGGGAGAUCAUUUCCUACAUCAUGCAGAUUACUUUGGACAAGGCAACAGAUCCUUGGGGAAUCAAAGUCGAGUUAAAGGACGUCCGACUUCCGGUACAGUUCCAACGAGCUAUGGCCAUGGAGGCGGAAGCUACGAGGAAGGCUAUAAGGGCCAAAGUGAUUACGGCAGAAGGAGAAAUGCGAGCUUCCCAUUUCCUAAAAGAGGCCAGCGACGUCAUUUCCACGAGUCCUGCUGCACUGCAGGUACGCAGCGCACAUAUCCGCACUGGCAUUUUCUGCGAUACCCUGAACAACAUAUGCAGCAAGAGGAAUUCAACGGUCAUAUUUCUCCUGCCGGUUGAAUUCUUGAAGCCUUUAUUCAUCUCGGAUUUGUGUGCUCAUUAG